AUUUUCUAUCUAUCAACAUUAUCUUCUUAUUCUAUUUCUUCCAACAUCUUAUUAUUGAUUAUGUCGUUUCGUGUCCGUUUUUCACAAGAACGUCCCGGAGUCACAUAUGUUCCAUCGAGUAGAUCUGGCAAUACUGACCUUUUUAAUGAUAUUUUCUCAAAACCAAUGCCAAUAAUUCGAAAUGAAGAUCAUGUUCUUAUGGAUGCAUGUACUGCAGCAAGUAUUGGAGAUGAGAAUAAACUUAAAGAAUUAAUGAAAAUUAACCCGAAUACAAUGAUUAUGAAGAAUCAUGAUGGAUGGACGCCACUUUUGUAUGCUGCUUAUUUGGGCCAUAAUAGUGUUGCUGCAUUUUUACUGGAUAAUGGCGCCAAGGUUGAUGACUCUACAGAAAGCCGCUGGCAAACUCCGCUGAUGAUGGCUUCAGCAUGCGGAAAUAUUAGCGUUGUUCGAUUGUUGUUAGGUAGAGGAGCAAAUCCCAGACUUUGCGAUAAAGAAAAACGUCAAGCAAUUCAUUACGCAUCAAGUUGUUGUCAGAAUGUGGUUGUGGAUACUCUAUUGGCAGCCGGAUGUGACCCAAAUGCAGCAGAUUCCGAAGGAACAACACCAGUUCAUGAAGCUGCAAUGGCUGGGCAUGAAAUCACAUUUAUUGCACUUUUAGAGAAAGGAGGAAAUCUUGAAUUGAAAAAUGCAAAAGGAGAAAAUGCAGCUGCACUUGCGUGUGAUAACAAUAAAAUUCUACAACUAAUCAGCGAACAUCAAGCCGAGAUUGCGAAACAAUCAUCUAAAACUGGAAAUCGAGGACCUCGAAGACUCUCCGAGUUGUUGGAAGAAAUGGAUUUAAGUCGAUACAUCGAUCAGUUUAAACAUGAAAAUGUCGAUUUGGAAGUGUUUUUUGAGUUGAAAGAGCAAGAUUUUGUUGAUAUGAACAUUGCAUACGGCCCAAAAAAGAGAAUGUUGGAUGUUAUUGAGAGAUAUAAAAAGACUGGAGUUAUUCGUUCCGAUGCUUUUGAUGCACCACAAGGAACUGCAAUGUCUACCAAAGGAAGUUCUACCCGCGAAAGCAGUGAAAAAACAACAGCAACUCUGAAAUCCAUCAAGGAAUUGAAUCAAGAAACCAAGAAAUCUGUGAUGACAGCUCUGGAGAGCUUAGGAUCCGGUCAGGAUAAAGUUCGUGCUCAAUUGAUCAGCAUUCUGAACAACGUGGAAACGAUUAGUUUAAAAGUUUCCUCACAUGUUUGAUUUUAAUUUUUUUUUUUUGAGAAAGUUUAAAGUUUAAUAAAUUUAAGAUUUAAUUCAA